AUGGGCCUUGGGAAACUGACAUCUAUGGGGGAAAUCCUGAGUUGGCCAUCGACCUCUAUAUGUGGAGGGGUGGCUUCUGUGUUAGAUGUGUGUGGACUGCCAAGACACUCUGUAGGCUUUGCUGAAACAUCUGCAAGACAGAGGAUAAGCAGUGAACCUGCGAAAAUUCAACGCCUAGGCACUACCAUGAAGUUUUGGAAGUUGUCUGGUCAGAAAUCAUCAGACUUCUUUGAUCUGCAGCAGGUGAUCAAAGGGUGGCUAUCAGGAAUAGGGAGUGCUUCUGUGGGGGGAAAGAAAUGCAUGAGACUUUUCUGCAAGAAAGCACAGGAAGAGCUCCAUUGCCAACUGAAAAAUUUCCCCCAAAAAAGCCCAAGCUGUAGGGCUGGGUCACAGAACAGUGUGGUGGCUGGCUACUCCUUCUUCAAGGAUGGCCACACCCUGAGGUCAGACAGGAGCUCAGAGUUUUGGAUCUCAUCAAUAUGGAAGGAAGACUCAGGAUAUUACUGGUGUGAAGCGAUGACAGCAUCUCACAGUAUCUCAAAACAGAGUCACCAAUCCUAUAUACAAGGGUAGAUUGAGCUUCAGCGAAUCCCCAUAUCUGGAGUGUUCCUGGAGACCCAACCCCAGGGGGACCAGGCGGUCAAAGGGAAGAUGCUAGUCCUUGUCUGCUCUGUGGCUGAAGGCACAGGGGACACCAUGUUCUCCUGGCACAGAGAGGACACGAGGGAGAGUUUGGGGCAGAAAAGUCAGCGUUCCCAGAGAGCAGAGCUGGAGAUCCCUGUUAUCAGGGAGAGCCACGCAGGGGGCUACUACUGCACAGCUGACAAUGGCUAUGGCCUCAUCCAGAGCAAGGCGGUGAACGUCUCCAUGAGAAUUCCAGUGUCACAUCCUGUCCUCCCUUUCAGUACUUCUGGGGCCCAGGCCUUCACUGGGGACAUGGUGGAGCUUCGCUGUGAGAACAAGAGAGCAUCUCCCCCCAUCCUAUACCGGUUUUAUCAUGAAAAUGUCACCCUGGGGAGCACCUCGGUGCCUUUUGGAGGAGGAGCAUCCUUCAACCUCUCUCUGACCACAGGGCAUUCUGGGAACCAUGCCUGCGAAGCCGACAGUGGCCUGGGGGCCCAACGUCACGGGAAGGACAAGUCCAACAUCUCCUUCCACAGUACUAAACAUCCACCUAAAAUCCGCUUGGUGAAUGGUGCCCACCACUGCAAUGGGUGGGUGGAGGUGGAAAAGGAAGGUCGCUGGGGCACUGUGUGUCAUGACGGCUGGGACAUGAAGGAUGUGGCCGUGGUGUGCCGGGAGCUGGGCUGUGGAGCAGCCAAACACACACCUGCAGGCAUGUUGUAUCUGCCAGUGGCAGAAGAUGACCAACCUUUAUUUAUUCAGGUAGCCCUGUGCAAUGGGACAGAAGAGGCCCUGGCUGAAUGUGAACAGGUGGAGACCUUUGACUGUGGGCACGAUGAGGAUACAGGCACAGUGUGUGAAGGCGGGUGA